CCGCGGUCACACUGCCUAGUUGGCAAGUGCAACAACAAAUUGACAAAACAAAUUUUAAGAAAAAACUUAAUAAAACAACGAAAGAAUGGAAAUAGCGGAUACGUACUACAGCAAAGAUGAAUACGUGGAGACGGCGUCUGGCAACAAAGUGAGCCGCCACACAGUGCUCUGCGGAUCUCAGAAUAUUGUGCUGAAUGGCAAGGUGAUUGUUCAGAGUGGCGCCAUCAUUCGUGGCGACUUGGCCAAUGUGCGCGCGGGCCGCUAUUGCGUGAUUAGCAAGGAUUCCGUGAUCCGACCUCCGUACAAGCAGUUCAGCAAAGGCAUAGCAUUCUUCCCCAUGCAUAUUGGGGAUCAUGUGUUUGUGGGCGAGGGCGCUGUGGUGUCUGCGGCCUCCGUUGGCUCAUGCGUUUAUAUAGGCAAGAAUGCGAUUAUUGGUCGUCGCUGUGUUAUCAAAGACUGUUGCAUCAUUGAGGAUGGGGCGGUGCUGCCGCCGGAGACGACUGUGUCCAGCUACAUGCGGUACACGGCCAAGGGCACCAUUGAGGGCGGUCAGGGAAAUCCCUACUUUGUGCCCGCCGCCAUGCAGGACGAGAUGAUCAAAUAUACAAAAGCAUUCUAUGAGCAUUUCGUGAGGACACCAGCACCAGCCAGCUGAAGGGGGGAUCAAUGAGAGAUUUGU